AUGCUGCUCGACCACGUCGUGCAACUCGCCAGGUGCACCGCGGCAGGCGACGCCGUAACCGACAGCUUCAUCUCGCUGCUACGAGAUGCCUCGGACGACCACGAGACGCUUGUCGCGUGGAACGGUGCCGCCGACUCGGAGCUCUCGGCGGCGAGGGUCGACAGCUUGCGGCGGCUCCGGCGAGGGCUCGCGGCGGGCACCAAGGACCUCGACGGCCAGGUCAUGCACCUGCAGGCGCCAGACUGCCGCACGACGAGCGUACGGUGGGGCAGCCUGUCGCCGCGAGACUGGCGCGAGGACGGCCUCGGCGUCGAGCUGCCCGCCGUGCACUUUCAGCUCAAGCACCUCGAGCAGACGAUGUACCUCGAGGUGGCAGUCGUCGACGAGCGAGGCGAGGUCAUGAUCGUGCGCUGCUCGACGUUCCAGACCGCGCCCGAGCUCCUCCCCUCGACAGAAGCGCACCCUCGCCUUCUCCACUUUCCCCUCCUCUUUCCCUUGUCCGACUCGUCCGUCCCCCUCCUCACCUCUUGGUGCACGAUCACCCUCCCUCUCCGCUCCCUCCUUCUCUCCCUCACGCCGCCCGUCAAGCUCAAGUGCGUCGUCGGCGUCGCAGUGCAUGCGACGUGCCGCCUGCGGCGCGUCUGGUUCUCGGAGGAGGACGCGCCCGCCGAGGUGGACGAGGCCCUCCUCCUGCGCGGCGGCAUGCCAGAGCUUGCGCUCUUUGCGGCGGUUGAGGGGCAGGCGGGCGAGUGA